GCCAACGUUUGUGGAGGCUGGAGGUCGGGUUUCAUGGCUAGGCUUCAGCCAUCCACUAGGCACACUCCAUGCCCUCCAUGUGGAGUAUGAGAAAGACCAUGGUUUCCUGCACGCCCUCAUCUUCAGGUUCUCUGAGCCCACCCUUUAUGUGGAGUCCUUUGAGGUUGAACAGCUGUCUACUGGUUUAGUGGACCGGUUUCCCUUUUGUGCGGGCCAGAUGUCGGCUGGUGGCAGCUACACCCUCUUCCCAGAUGCUCCGUGUCCCAUCCUUCACUUACCAAAGUCUACUCCAUGAUUCUGACCGAAUGUACUGACUUGAGUACAAGAGAUUGUGUGGUGAUAUCUGCUAGAAACUUAAGUGUCAUGAUUCAUUGUAGUGAUCAGUAUAUUUCAGUCAUAAAGCACCUUUAGUGUUCUUAUUUCAGUGUGGCUGCUGCAAUGUACAGUACAGUAGUUACUUUUAUUGUAUUUAUUGCCAUUGGACAUAAAAACUGACUUGACUUGA